AGAAUUGACGGCAACCAUGGCGGCGAAACUUGCAACAUCAACUCAAUCACUUGUUCAGUGCGAAGUGCACAAAGAUGCAGUUGUUUGUCAAGAUGCGAAGGUUCAAGGAAGUCAUGGCAUCAAGGUGGGUGAAGGAACAGUUGUGCAUCCUGCAAGCAUCAUCCAUGCGGAGGCGGGUCCCAUUGUCAUAGGCUGCUUUAACAUCAUCGAGGAACAGGUCGAGAUUGUGAAUUCUUCGGAAGUGCCUUUGGUGAUCGGUGAUCACAACAUGCUGGAGGUUGGUUCCAAAGUCCUUGGUGAGGGUGGAAGACGUGUUGGCGAUGCAAACGUGCUCGAGUGCAGAUCGGUCCUGAAACCUGGAUCUUCGGUCAGCAACGGCUGCACGUUGGGCGCAUGCACUUGGUUGGAGGGCGAGACCUUGAGUGAUGAGACAGUGGUGGUUGGGCCCGGACUACGACAUGUCGAGUCUGGCGCAAAAGAAACACAUGUCCAGGCAGUGACAAAGUUCAUUGAAGUUUUGAAAGAGACAUUGCCUCGUUCCCAUCACUUGCGGAAGAGCAACGUGAAAUCAACAUGAGAAAAAAAAGUGUGAGACCGAGAAAA